AUGCCGCAUUACCUCAUCCGCGGUUGUCGGGGCACCGGCCGUGGCGCAUCGCAUUGGGAUGCGACGUACACAACUGAAAAGGGGUUUCACGCUGUAGCAUUCACUGCGAGUUCCGAGGACAACCGCACGAAAACAUGUAUUCUGGAAAAGGCUCCCAUUACAAGUUUCCGUUACCUAGGUAAUCAGAACAGGCCGAAGAAGUCUUCCUUGUAUCUUCUCAAGCAUAUCCUCGUACCAGCUAUACCUAACGAAGUAUUCGUUUGUAGCCUUGCUCAUACGCAGUCUACUCGUACUCUGCACAAGCAUGCGCGGUUCCCCUGGGCCAUCAAUCUACCGAAGUUCACCUUCUCUGCAAUAACAGCGACAUUGGCGAGAAUAUUGGAUAUAUUUGCAUAUGUCGUUUUUCGGGGCAGAGAGCCGGGUAUCUACUACUCAUGGCCUGACUGCGACAAACAAGUAAAGGGCUUCUCCGGAAAUUACUACUUGGGCUAUGACACGCGUUGCGAAGCAGAAACCGCCUUUGCCGACUGGGAACAAUCCUCAAGUGUCUAUGAGGCCGCAAAACCACGGAUUCAAACAGACCCUUUUUCCGACCAUGAUGCCAAAGGCCUGAGUUUAGGGGAGAAUCCUCCUGAUACCUCAUUGAAAUAUCCGCAGUCCAAGGAGAACCACCCUCGUCUCAUCCCGCUUCAGGCAGACAAUACCCCUAAAAGUCUAAUUAGAUCCAUCAUCGAUAUCACGAGCCCAGAUGAUGAGCAGGGACCAGCUGCCAAGAAACUCAAAUCGGGAGCAGAUGAUUUCAAAAGCAAUAUCGAUUUCAUUGGCUUUGAUCCGGAUACUUUGAACGAAGCACUAGAGGUCGAGGGACCUCAACACGUCGAACUUACAAGCGCUCAACUUGUUGUUGUUGAUUUGGAGCUGAAUGGAUGUAAUCUCUUUCUCACUGGCGCCGCCGGCUCUGGAAAAACUAUCACGCUCAAAGAAAUCAUAAGGCGGCUUAAAGACUCAAAAAAUCUUGGUGUGCAGGUGGUUGCGCCCACUGGGAUUGCCGCCCUUCCCCUCGAUGGCAAAACCACAUAUUCCUUUGCUGGUUGGAAACCAGAUUCUUUAAAGGAGCCAAUGAAGACGCUACUACAAGGCGUCAAGAAGACUACAACCACAGCAAUAAGGAGCCUUGAUGUACUCAUCGUCGAAGAGAUCUCAAUGGUUGAGAAUCAGAUGCUAGAGAGGCUAAACAGGUUGCUACAGCACAUCAUGCAGAGUAACCUCCCAUUUGGUGGGAAACAAGUUAUAUUUGUGGGCGACUUCCAUCAGCUCCCGCCUGUCAAACCUUUUGAAAACUGUCUCGAAUGCGGCUCGUCAAUGGUAGAUGCAGGCCCACUCCUUCACUGUACCAAAAGCUGCAUCGGUUCAAAAGGAGUGCAUUUCAGAGAGGGUGAUAAAUGGGCUUUCAAUGCCCCGGUUUGGGCGAAGUUGAAGCUGAAGCACGUCAGGCUUGACCAGAUUCAUCGCCAGAAGGAUACUCAAUUUCAAAACAUAUUGAACAAGGUCCGGAAUGGUGAUCUAUUGACCGACGAAGAAUGGAAUGAUCUCGAACGCAACAAGAACUUACCCGAAAAUGUAUUCGCCGUCAGGCUCAUGUCCCGGGUCUCCAAAGUCAAAUCCUUCAAUGACAAGCAGCUAGAAUUGUUACCAUCGGAAGAGAAGACAUGGGCAGCUUAUGAUACCUACACUAAAUACAUGAAGUCUCUUCAAUACCAUCGGUUUCCAGCCGAACUCACCCUGAAAGUCGGAGCCAAGGUUGUCCUAUUAUCGAAUCUCGACCCUAAACAUGGCUUAGUGAAUGGGACACAGGGUGAGGUCAUACAGUUUGUCGACACCCAAAAGUGGCAAACAAAACAACAAGGGCUGUGGGAAAAGGCAUGCUUUGAUGUGUUUCAGCCUCUCAAUAAAUUCCUCUGGCCUAUUGUCCGUUUCGCCAAUGGGAGAACACAAGCAAUACCACCUGUGACGCAGAGUUCUUUGAAAGGACCAGAUGACAGGCGAUAUCUAAUUUCCAGAACCCAAAUUCCGCUCGCGCUAGCCUGGGCUCUAUCGAUCCACAAGAGUCAAGGUAUGACACUAGAGUAUGCCGAAGUGUCCUCGAGGGAUAUAUUUGAGUCAGGACAGCUGUACGUGGGGUUGUCCCGAGUGACUACACUGGGCGGCCUUACUGUUACUGGGUUUUCAAGAAAGCGAACCUCGAUGAACCCCGAUGUUCUGAAUUUUUAUAAGAAUGCAAAGUGGGGCAGAUUGGGACCCGUUAAUACAUUGAGCGGCUUCGGAUUUGCAAAAUUCAAAACAGAUAGGGAAGCGUCAGCAGACCAGCUAGGGUCUAUCGAUACCAAAAUCGCUCAGGAAGGUAAGAAACCCCUACUACGACUUAGCCCACUACCGCAUAUAGAUUCCGAAUUACCCUCCCCGGACGAUAAGGAAAAUUAA